GGCGCCCAUGGCAACAGGUGCCGUGUUUCGACGGAAAGUGUCGCACUUAAAUGACGUCGAAAGUUCAGUGGCGCUGCAAUUUACGAAAAAGCGACGUCAAUAACUCUUUUUGACUUCUUUCGGGACUCAACUUUGCGGCUUUGCGAUGGGCCGAGAGUCGAGACACUACAGGAAGCGCUCAUCUUCCCGGGGACGUUCUGGCUCCAAGAGUCGCUCCCCGGACGGCAAGCGCUCUAAGAAAGACGACAGAAGCCGCAGGGAGAGAUCACGAAGUCGAGAAAGGCGCCGGUCCAGAUCCAGAGACCGAAAAAGAGCCAGGCGUUCCAGGAGCAGGGAGAGGAGGAGAUCCAGAAGCCCCGACAGGAAGAAGCCGGCCAGCAAGACACGAGCCAGGAGGUCCCGCUCGGCCAGCCCCAGCAAGAACAGAAAAAGCGACGAAAAGCCUAAAAGCAAAGAGAAGGACCUUCCUGAUGUUGGGUCUGACAAGAAGAAGAUUAAAGACGAGAAGGAAGAGGAGAAAGUUGACGACCAGGAUUUCGACCAAAACAAACUGGAGGAAGAGAUGAGAAAGAGGAAGGAGCGGGUGGAGAUGUGGAGGGAGGAGCAGAGGAAGAGGGCCAUCGAGAACAUUGGCGAGAUCAAGAAGGAGCUGGAGGAGAUGAAGCAGGGCAAGAAGUGGAGCCUGGAGGAUGAUGACGACGACGACGAGGACACGCCCAUGCCGAUAGAUGGGGACGAUGAGGAAGAGGGGGAUGAAAAAGGUGACGCCAAAGAGGAGGAGGACAAGACAGACGAUGGCGAGAAGGAGAAGGAGACCCCCGCGGAGAAGGAGGACGAAGAGGACGACAUCGACCCUCUGGACGCUUACAUGGAGGAGGUCAAGCAGGAGGUGAAGAAGUUCAACAUGGGAGGCGUGAAAGGAAACGAUAAGGGAGGUGUGAUGCUCACCAAAGUAGUGACAGUGGUGAAAACAAAGAAAGGCGUUCACUUUCACAAGAAGAAGGGAGAGCUGAUGGAGAACGACCAGGACGCCAUGGAGUACUCAUCAGAGGAGGAGGAAGUAGACCUGCAGACGGCUCUCACAGGCUUUCAGACCAAACAGAGGAAAGUCUUGGAACCCGUGGACCACGGCAAGAUCGAGUACGAGCCCUACCGUAAAAACUUCUAUGUGGAGGUGCCCGAGCUGGCCAGGAUGUCCGCAGAUGAAGUCAUUGCGUACCGCUCGGAACUGGAGGGCAUCACGGUUAAGGGGAAGGGCUGUCCCAAACCCAUCAAGACCUGGGUGCAGUGUGGCGUGUCCAUGAAGAUCCUCAAUUCCCUCAAGAAGCAGUGCUACGAGAAGCCCACUCCCAUUCAGGCCCAGGCCAUACCCGCCAUCAUGUCCGGCAGAGACCUCAUUGGCAUCGCAAAGACGGGCAGCGGCAAAACCAUUGCCUUCCUUCUCCCAAUGUUCCGACACAUCAUGGACCAGAGGCCCCUGGAGGAGUCCGAGGGACCCAUUUCUGUGAUCAUGACGCCCACCAGAGAGCUGGCCCUGCAGAUCACCAAGGAGUGCAAGAAGUUUUCCAAGUCGCUCGGUCUGAGAGUGGUGUGUGUUUAUGGAGGCACGGGUAUCAGUGAACAGAUUGCCGAGUUGAAGCGAGGAGCCGAGAUCAUCGUGUGCACGCCGGGACGAAUGAUUGACAUGCUGGGCGCCAACAGUGGUCGUGUCACCAAUCUGCGCAGAGCGACCUAUGUGGUGCUGGAUGAAGCUGACAGGAUGUUUGACAUGGGCUUUGAGCCACAGGUAAUGCGCAUCGUGGACAAUGUUCGUCCUGAUCGGCAGACGGUGAUGUUCUCCGCCACUUUCCCCAGAGCCAUGGAAGCUCUCGCUCGAAGGAUCCUGGCUAAGCCUCUCGAGAUCCUGGUGGGAGGCCGCAGCGUGGUCUGCUCCGAUGUGGAACAACACGUGCUCGUGAUUGAGGAGGACAAGAAGUUCCUGAAGCUCCUGGAGAUCCUGGGCCACUAUCAGGAAAAGGGCUCCGUCAUCAUUUUUGUGGACAAACAGGAGCACGCCGACGCUCUCCUCAAAGAUCUGAUGAAGGCCUCUUACCCCUGCAUGUCCCUGCAUGGAGGCAUCGACCAGUACGACAGAGACAGCAUCAUCAACGACUUUAAAAACGGCGCCUGCCGCCUGAUGGUGGCCACCUCCGUGGCAGCCCGAGGUCUGGAUGUCAAACAGCUCAUCCUGGUGGUCAACUACAACUGCCCCAACCACUACGAGGACUACGUGCACAGGGCGGGACGCACGGGCAGGGCUGGCAACAAGGGUUUCGCCUACACUUUCAUCACGGAGGAUCAGGUCCGCUACGCUGGUGACAUCAUCAAAGCCUUGGAGCUCAGCAGUUCCCUCGUCCCGGCGGAGCUGGAACAGCUUUGGGCCUCCUUUAAAGACCAGCAGAAAGCGGAGGGGAAGGUCAUCAAGAGCAGCAGUGGCUUCUCUGGAAAAGGCUUCAAGUUUGACGAGAUGGAGCACGCGCUGGCCAACGAGAGGAAGAAGCUGCAGAAGGCUGCACUGGGCCUGCAGGACUCCGACGACGAGGACAGAGCUCUGGAUAUCGAGGAGCAGAUUGAGAGCAUGUUCAACUCCAAGAAGAGGGUGAAGGACCUGACGGCUUCUGGAGCAGCGGCUGCAGCCUCAGGCUCCUUUGGCGGCUCGUCGUCCUCUAGCGGUUCCCUGUCAGGGCUGGGGCCCACGUCAGCCGGAAACAUCCAGAAACUGGAGAUGGCCAAACGACUGGCUCUCAGGAUCAACGCUCAGAAAAACCUCGGCGCUGAAGCUCAGGAUGUGAUGCAGCAAGCCACCAACGCCGUCCUGCGCGGCGGCUCCAUCUUGACGCCCUCCGUUUCGGCCAAGACCAUCGCCGAGCAGCUGGCGGAGAAGAUCAACGCCAAGCUCAACUACACCCCGGUGGAGAAGCUGGAGGAGGAUCGGCAGACAACCGAACAGUCAGAGACCGUCAAGAGAUACGAGGAGGAACUGGAGAUCAACGACUUUCCGCAGACGGCCAGGUGGAAGGUGACGUCCAAGGAAGCUCUGCAAAGGAUCGGAGAAUACUCGGAAGCCGCCAUCACCAUCAGAGGAACUUAUUUCCCUCCAGGCAAGGAGCCUAAAGAGGGCGAGCGCAAGAUCUACUUAGCCAUUGAAAGUGCAAAUGAACUGGCUGUGCAGAAAGCCAAAACGGAGAUCACUCGUCUCAUCAAAGAAGAGCUCAUCAGACUACAAAACUCCUACCAGCCGACAAGCAAAGGACGAUACAAAGUGUUGUAAAGCGAACGCAGGCAAAGGACGUUACACAGUGUUGUAAAAGAACAAUAGUUAUAAAAAUAAAACCAAGCCAAGGAGUCCUUUUUAAAUCAGGAACAUUUUUUGCCAUUUUAAAAUAAAACGAAAAAAAAGA